AUGGCAUCUCAACUUUGCUCGCUGCCCACCAACGCCGGUCUCGGAGUUCGAGACGCCAGGCCCUACGGUGCUCAGUCGAUCGAGGCGGUCAUCGCUGGCAGACGACCUGCGGAGGAUCAGAACGUUAGCCCUAUCUACCAGAGAAUGCGAAUAUCAGCGGCAAUCAAAGAGCUCUCACAACAGGGGCUCUACGGCAUCCCUCUGCGGAUUGACAUGGUCAACGGGAAGAAAAAGCCACAAUUCCCGAAUCGCUAUGAGCAUCUCAUGGGUUCGGUCGAAGCCUGGACAGAACAUAUCGACGAAAUCAUUGCAUCCGCCUCAGUGCAUGUGAAUGCAAUUGCCCUGCUGUGCGGCAUCUCCGACUUGUUUGUCCUUGACAUAGACGCCAAGACGGUGCAAGCAUCUGAAGACAAUCCGAAGGCCGGGAAACGAGAUGGGACCGAGCUGUGGACAGCGCUCAUCGCAGAGCAUGGAGAUAUCAACACUAUGAAAGCGUCCACGGGCUCUGGGUUAGGAUUGCACCUUUACUUCAGCAACCGCAAGACGUUAGGGCUUCAGCACCGAAAGAACUUCACAUCGCUGAAACAUUUGGAUCUGACUUGGGCUAUCGACGGACGGGGGGAGGAUGCGUGGUUUUUAUGCCUAGGCGGCGAAUGCAUCAAGAAAGCCAAGCGGAUGCUCGGAGUCUAUUUUUGGCCCGACUGCCUGCCCUUAAAAAUCGAUGAGGACAAUUCGAGAGUACUGCAAGACUGCCAAAAGUACAUAUGUACAUCGAACGAGAAAGACUCUGAAGCAGCGGCCAAGCAGGAGGUGGCAACUUUGCUUGAUAUUGUAGUCAAAGUCAUGAACCACUAUUUCGGGGUCGUGACCGGCGCCUCCCGAAUCACUUACACUGAGACACUCUUCAAACGCGAUUCAGAUAACAGCCUGAAACCAUUCAAGAAGGUCCUCCGAAGUGGACGUGAAUUUGCAGAGCGCUGUGAGACUCUCGGUCUAUCCAAGGUGCCAGGGCGAUUCAAGAACGCUGGAGCCUAUUGGCGAUCUUCGUCGGCAAGGCGACAGUAUGAUAAAGUCGUAUUCUACCCCAGUCUGAAUGAAGGUAACCCCAAGCAUUUCAACCUGUUCAACGGCCUCAAGUUCGAACCCUUGAAAUCGAAGCUUACCGAGGAAGGGAUGCGAGAAUGCGAAGCAAAGAUACCUAGACUCCUGUGGCACAUCCGGAACAUCCUCGCAAAUGGGUGUGAGCAGUCUUACAGAUAUCUGAUCUGCUGGCUUGCGCAUGUGAUUCAGAAGCCACACAAGAAAACCGGGGUGGCCCUGGUGAUAAGAUCAAAGCAAGGCAGUGGGAAGAGCGCGCUCUUCGACUUUUUCGGGAUCAUGAUCCUCGGCAUCGACCUCUACCUAUACUGCCAGGAUCUCGAAAAUGUCAUUGGGUCAUUCAACGCAGUGGCCGCAAACAAGUUGCUAACCGUCUUCGAUGAAGUGAACAGUUGGGGUGGGGCAUACAAGUCGAACAACAGGCUGAAGAGUAUGAUCACGCAAUCCCAGGGCGUUCUGAAUAGGAAGGGCGUGGACGCGAUUCAGGUGGACGACUUUCAGAACAUUGCAUUCACGACGAACGAGUAUUGGCCCAUAAAAAAGGAGGCCGACGAUAGACGCUACUUUGCGAUGGAGAGUUCAGACAAGAUGAUUCGGAACAAAGCAUACUUCAAAGCUCUGUUCCACGAAUUGAACGAUGUGGAAACUCCGUACGUGUUUUAUCAAUACCUAUCAUCCAUCGACAUCUCCGAGUGGGAUCCCCAGGACAUUCCGCAGACCGCUUGGGGAGAGCGCCUCAAGGGCCACUCAGUCUCCACAUCCGUGAAGAUGAUCCAAGGUCUGUUGGAGAGCGGAUGCUUUCACCCGUAUCGAGAGACAUGGGUGGCAUCUGCUGACAUCAUGUUGACUUUCGAGUCAUUCCUGGACAGUCAUCGGAUCAAAGAUGAUAGAAAGCUCGACAAGAUAGGCUCACUUAGAGACGUCUUUGGUUUGAGGGACGGUUCGAGGUCGGUCAACGGCAUACUAGCAACACGAGGCUGGUGGUUUCCGAGCGAGCCUAUGAUAUGCAAAGUGCUGACGAAAGAGAACAUGUGGUCUGAAGUCGAUUGGUAUGGGCAAUGGGAGCGCUCGUUUGGCCACACCGUAGAUGCAGCUGGCCCAUGGAUGAGCUUCAUGAGUACCAACUUGAAAAUCAGGGCCGCCGAGAUCGAAAGGGACGCGAAGAUCCAGGGUUCCGCACGGGUGUGUACCACUUGCCACAAGAGUCACGUGGUGAGGGUGGUGAGUGAGGCCGAAUUGCCACCCGAAUCCCCCGCCAAUGUCGCCUCUCCCCUGUAA